CAUCUUAACUCAAUUACCAUCCUUCCAAGCUAGAAACUUAUAUCCACCCUCUUAUCUCAAGAUGCCGCCCUCUAUGCUUGUUUAUUCAUGUGGUCAAUGCGGGAAAUAGAGCAACCUGGUGCGCUGCACGGGGUUUAAAGCUAUGUUCUACUGCGGCCAAGAACACCAGGUAGCCCACCGCGACGCACACAAAAUCGCCUGCAAAGACGUCUCAAGAGCACGCAAGGAAUGCGAAAGAGAAGAGGUAAAGAUUCGAAAUACUCCAGAUGAUGGCGUUAGUUGGGGCAACGCCUUCGAAAGGAAUCGGGCACUUCUGGGUGAUGCACGAAACUCGCGACUGCAUGAGGGCGCGGUUUGACUGGGCUGACGCUCUUGCGGAUAUGGGGACAAGGACGGGAGUCGAGGAACAACUUGCUCAUUUCCUGGCUAUGCUAGGAUUGUGCCGGAGUGACAAUAUGGGUCUUCGCUCGCUCGUUCCUGGGAUUAUGCUUCGGCUGAACAAGGAUCAGGAGUGCUACGACUUUAUCAAGUGGUUCUUCGUUGGCGAGGAUGACUACGACUGGGGGAACACGGAUUUGCCCUUUCUGGAUAUCAAGGAUGCGAACGUGUUCGAGGACGUGGAGGUGUUCACCAAGAACAAGUGGGCGGAUCUAACUCAGCUUGUGUCAUUGACGUUGCUCAAGAUCAAGCUACUGCUUGACUUUAAAGCGCUGCAAAGCAGUACAAUAACCGUUGGCGCAAAGGUUCCCAGAGAAGUCCUGGAUAAUAUACGAUCCGGUAUCCCACUCAGCCCUGUGAUUGUCAAAGCUAAAAGGCUCGUUCAAAGCGACAACCAUACAGUAGUCAUUCUGAAGCUUCGUCAGCAAAUCGGCCAGCUAGUUACAUCAACUUGUGAAGGAGCGAAACAAGCACUUGUGGGACUUGCUGCUCUCCCACGACAGGCCCAGUUCCCCUGGUUACUAUUACAUGGUAAUAUUGAAGAAGCAGAUAUGGCGCUUACAAAUGUUGAAGACGCAUGGCGCCAACUUCCUGCUGCUCGUGAAUUUGUUAAAUCUCUGCAGGCCCGAGUUAUUGCUAUCAAACCAAGUUAA